AUGUCCAAGCUCGGCUUCGCCUCUACCAUGGCGGCAAGAAGGAGGAGGACGUGGCCGGCGUGGUGCCUGGUGGCAGCAGCUGCUUCCUCCGUCUGCUUCCUCAGUGACGCUGCGAGGAGGAGCCCGAUGACGCGAUCGCUGCUGGCUGGAAUCUCAGGGGGCAUGGCAGGACUAUACUUCGGAGGAACGUUCAUGCCCAAGUCAUACGUGCUUUACAUUCUCAUUGCAAGCUCCUCCUUGCUCGCCUCUGUCUUCGUCGCCUCCAUCGCCUCUUCCUCCGGGAGAGGGAAGGGUAUGCAGGGACCUCUGUUCAUGCAGGUCGUCUUCACCGUCUUCGUUGCCCUCCUGCCUUCCAGCUUUAUCCUCCAGCCGUACAUGCUCAAGGCGGUUCGAAGUUCACAUCGAGUCGAAGCUCUCGAGCUUCACCGCGUUGGCCUUCUCGCCCUCUACGCGGCUCUUUCAACUCUCAUUGCCUUCUUCAUCCGACUGAAGGGCUCGCAAGGGGGAGCAGAGCACGGGAAGAGCUCGCGGCAUGACGUGGCACUGCGGCAACGUGGCGUUCAGUCUCGCGUGCAGGCGAUGGAGGACAACGACUGGCUUGCUUCUCUUGGCAACAUCGCUGCCAUCCUGUUUGUUUAG